AUGCGAUUGGCCAGUGUGCAAGCGCGGCCCCGUCGGGUGGCUGAGGAGAGAGAAGAGCCGCCCCCAGGCCCCGCCCCUCUCUCCACUCAUCACUCUGACCACCAAUUCAAGAAUAUGAAGAGCAAGUUCUUCAACGAACUCACCCACAUGCCAAUGCCCAUGUGGGCAAUAGGAGCCAUAGUGGUGGUGGUGCUGGCUCUGGUGGCCUGUCUAGGUUUCUGUAUCUGGAAGAAGAGUAUCAACAAGGGCAAGAAGCCCAAGAAAGCACGCGAGAGGAAAGGAGGCCGAGGCAGAAGAAAGAAGGAGGGAGCCGGAGAAGGAGAGGAGGGCAAGGAAGGAGAGGGUAAGGAAGGAGAGGAGGAGGAAAAAGAGAAUUUCGGAAAACUGGAGUUCACCCUGGACUACAACUUCACUGACAACCAGCUGAUCGUGGGUAUCCUGCAGGCUGAAAACCUGCCAGCCAUGGACAUGGGCGGCACCUCAGACCCCUAUGUCAAGGUCUACAUGCUGCCAGACAAGAAGAAGAAGUUUGAGACCAAAGUCCAGCGCAAGAAUCUCUGCCCCGUGUUCAAUGAAACCUUCAUCUUCAAGAUCCCCUACCAGGAGCUGGGGGGUCAGACUUUGGUCCUACAGGUUUUUGACUUUGAUCGCUUUGGUAAACACGACGUGAUUGGACAGAUCUCCAUCCCUAUGAACAGUGUGGACCUGGCUCAGCCACUCCACGAAUGGAGGGAUCUGGUAGGAGGAGAGAAAGAGGAGGUAGAGAAGCUAGGAGACAUCUGUAUCUCUCUGCGCUACGUCCCCACGGCCGGUAAACUGACCAUCAACAUCAUGGAGGCCAAGCACCUGAAGGCGAUGGACUGCGGAGGCUUGUCAGAUCCCUUCGUUAAAGUGGUGCUGCAGCACCAAGGCAAGCGGCUGAAGAAGAAGAAGACAACAGUCAAACAGAACACUCUGAACCCCUACUUCAACGAAAGCUUCAGCUUCGAGAUUCCCUUUGGCCAAAUACAGAAAGUCCAAGUGUUGAUCACAGUGUACGAUUACGACAAGCUGGGCAGCAACGACGCCAUCGGGAAGGUUUGGAUCGGCUUCGGUGCUUCAGGGGUGGGCCUUCGCCAUUGGUCAGACAUGCUGGCCAAUCCAAGACGUCCCGUGGCCCAGUGGCACGCCCUGUGUCCUGAGGAGGAGGUGGAUGAGGCCCUGAAGAAACCCAUCCGCUAAACGUUCACUGACACGUCACUGAACAUUCUUGUACAUGUUAAAACAAACAACAUAAGACCUGAAAACUACACAACAGUGGAUAAGCUUCACCCAAAAGACCACAAUAGUGCUGAUCAUGACAUUACGCACUACUGACAGUAGAAACUCAAAGAAAGCAAAUUUAACUACCACUCAAACACUACAACCCACCUGAUAUUUCUGAUAAUUUUUUGGGGGUACUCUCUCCUUCCUUAUUAUUCUCCAUAGAAAAUCAAAAGAAUGAACUUUUUUUUUGCGUAUUAACUAAUUCUA